CGGGGGCUGGCGCGGGCCAUGGCGGCCGCCGGGGCCGCGGCGGGCGGUGCGGGGCGCUCCAAGGUGGCUCCCAGCGUGGACUUCGACCACAGCUGCUCGGACAGCGUCGAGUACCUGACCCUCAACUUCGGGCCCUUCGAGGCCGUGCACCGCUGGCGCCGCCUCCCGCCCUGCGACGAGUUCGUGGGGGCCCGGCGCAGCAAGCACACCGUGGUGGCCUACCGGGACGCCAUCUACGUGUUCGGCGGGGACAACGGGAAGACGAUGCUGAACGACCUGCUGCGCUUUGACGUGAAGGACUGCUCGUGGUGCCGGGCUUUUACCACGGGGACUGCUCCAGCACCACGGUACCACCACUCAGCUGUGGUCUAUGGGAGCAGCAUGUUUGUGUUUGGUGGCUACACUGGAGACAUUUAUUCCAAUUCCAACCUGAAGAAUAAAAAUGAUCUUUUUGAAUAUAAGUUUGCAACUGGGCAGUGGACAGAGUGGAAGACUGAAGGCAGGCUGCCCGUGGCGAGGUCGGCGCACGGCGCCACCGUCUACAGCGACAAGCUCUGGAUCUUCGCGGGAUACGACGGCAACGCACGGUUAAACGAUAUGUGGACAAUUGGCCUACAGGAUAGAGAGCUAACAUGCUGGGAAGAGAUUGAACAAAGUGGUGAAAUUCCUCCUUCGUGCUGUAAUUUUCCCGUGGCUGUUUGCAAAGACAAGAUGUUUGUUUUCUCUGGCCAGAGUGGAGCCAAGAUUACCAAUAAUCUCUUCCAGUUUGAGUUCAAGGAAAAGAUUUGGACACGGAUUCCUACCGAGCACUUACUUCGAGGCUCUCCUCCUCCUCCCCAGCGGAGAUAUGGCCACACCAUGGUCGCCUUCGACCGGCACCUCUACGUCUUCGGGGGGGCUGCAGACAACACGCUGCCCAACGAGCUGCACUGCUAUGAUGUGGACUCUCAGACCUGGGAAGUUAUCCAGCCCAGCCCAGACAGUGAGUUACCCAGUGGGAGACUCUUCCACGCUGCAGCUGUGAUCUCAGAUGCCAUGUACAUCUUUGGUGGCACAGUGGACAAUAACAUCAGGAGUGGAGAAAUGUACAGGUUCCAGUUUUCCUGUUACCCUAAAUGCACUCUGCAUGAAGAUUAUGGAAGGCUGUGGGAAAACAGGCAGUUCAGUGACUUGGAGUUUGUUUUGGGAGAGAAGGAAGAGCGGGUUCGAGGUCACGCUGCCAUCGUUACAGCCCGCUGCAAGUGGCUGAAAAAGAAGAUCAUGCAGGCCAGGGAGAGGUUGAAACAGAAAUCAAAGCAAGAUGUUGAAGAUGAGGGACACGCAGUGUGCCAGAAGGAUGGGAUUGGUGGGAAUGUCAAGUUGUGCCGCCUGCAGCCGCUGCUGGAAGUGCCCAUCCGAGAGGCUGAGGCCCAGCCCUUCGAGGUGCUCAUGCAGUUCCUGUACACGGAUAAAAUAAAAUACCCUCGCAAAGGUCAUGUGCAGGAUGUGUUGCUUAUUAUGGAUGUGUACAAACUGGCCUUGAACUUCAAACUCUCCCGGCUGGAGCAGCUCUGCCUUCAGUACAUCGAAGCGUCCGUAGACCUGCAGAACGUGCUCAUUGUCUGUGAAAAUGCCAACAAGCUUCAGCUGGACCAGCUGAAGGAACACUGCCUGAACUUUGUGGUGAAGGAGUCACAUUUUAAUCAAGUAAUAAUGAUGAAAGAGUUUGAGCAUCUUUCUUCAUCCCUCAUCGUGGAGAUUGUUCGGAGAAAACAGCAGCCUCCCGUUCGCACCCAUUCCGACCAACCGCUCGACAUCGGAACAUCUUUAAUUCAGGAUAUGAAGGCUUAUCUAGAAGGAGCUGGGACUGAGUUCUGUGAUAUCAUCCUGCUCUUGGAUGGCCACCCACGGCCAGCCCAUAAAGCCAUCCUAGCUGCCCGCUCCAGUUACUUUGAAGCCAUGUUCCGUUCCUUCAUGCCAGAAGAUGGGCAAGUGAAUAUUUCCAUUGGUGAAAUGGUUCCCAGCAAACAAGCCUUUGAAUCUAUGCUGAGAUACAUUUAUUAUGGAGAAGUAAACAUGCCUCCUGAAGACUCCCUCUACCUCUUUGCUGCUCCUUACUACUACGGCUUCUCCAACAACAGACUGCAGGCCUAUUGUAAGCAGAAUCUGGAAAUGAAUGUCACAGUGGAGAAUGUCCUGCAGAUAUUGGAGGCAGCUGACAAGACCCAGGCCCUGGACAUGAAGAGGCACUGCCUGCACAUCAUCGUUCACCAGUUCACCAAGGUCUCCAAGUUGCCAAAUCUCCGCUCCCUGAGUCAGCUGCUCCUCCUUGACAUCAUAGAGUCCUUAGCUAACCACAUAUCAGACAAGCAGUGUGCAGAGCUGGGCUCAGACAUAUGACAUGCUUUGGUAAUCCAGCUUUUCUUUUGUUCCUCAAAAAACCUAGCAUUUUACAGCUGACUUUCUUGUUUACCAUUCCAUGCUGAGCUGCUCAGAGCCUGCUCCGUAGAGCAGGCAGCCCAGAGAAGCGUGGACAUGCCUUGCUCUCCUGUGUGUUUCCUUGGUUUGGACCUUUGUGGAGAAGGGUUUGGUCUCUGUUACACAAAUGUAAAAUCAAAGCUGUUGCAGGAGUUAAUUUAUUCCACGUGGUUUUGGGAGUAACUGAGUUCAGCAUCAAGCCCAUUUUUACUUUUAUACUGUAAAAUAAAGCAGUAAUGUCAGUGAGUCAUUAAUACUUUGAAACACAAGAUUUAAAGAAUACUAUUUAAAGAACUUCAGCUGACACAGCCAGGGGCAGUAAGGGGAAGUCAGAUGUAACGAAACUGGAAACAGAGAGGGUGGUGUUUGCAGUGAGGCUAAUGUUGGACACGAGGGUAGUGACUUUUCAAGGCUGUCCAUGAUGUGGAUUAAAAGAUAAGCCCUUUUGAAACUGCCUCCCUGGUGGGCUGCAGGAAGCCCAGGCCUGUGCUCUGCAGCAGGUCAGACCAGAUUACAGUGGUCCUUUCUGACCAUGAAAUCCAUUAAUCCUGUCUCACUAAGCCUUUCUAAAUCAAUUUAUUAAUAAAGAGUUAACAUCUUCUCCUGGCA